AUGUUCAGAAGAAACUACACUGAAGUGACAGAAUUUAUUCUUUUGGGUCUCACAAGCCGCCCAGAGCUGCGAGUCACCUUCUUUGUGCUGUUCCUUGUGGUCUAUGCAGUCACUGUGAUAGGAAACUUGGGCAUGAUUGUUUUAAUCAAAAUUGAUUUUCGACUUCACACUCCCAUGUACUUUUUUCUCUCAAGUUUGUCUGUGUUAGACCUGUGUUUUUCUACAAAUGUCACUCCUAAAAUGCUAGAGAAUUUCUUAUCAGAGAAAAAGACCAUCUCUUAUGCUGGGUGUUUGAUUCAGUGCUACAUCGUCAUUGCAGUGGUCCUUACAGAGCACUGCAUGUUGGCCGUCAUGGCAUAUGACCGCUAUAUGGCCAUCUGUAAUCCACUGCUCUACAGUAGCAAGAUGUCCAAGAGUGUCUGUGUCCGCCUGGUCACUGUUCCUUAUGUCUAUGGUUUCCUCCUGAGCGUGAUGGAGACCUUGAGGACCUACAACCUCUCCUUCUGUGGGGCUAAUGAAAUCAAUCACUUCUACUGUGCGGACCCCCCUCUUAUCAAGCUGGCAUGCUCUGACACCUACAGCAAAGAGUUGUCAAUGUAUGUAGUAGCUGGCUACAGCAAUGUCCAAUCCCUGCUGAUCAUCCUCACGUCCUACGUGUUCAUUCUCGGUACCAUCCUCAGAAGCCGUUCUGUAGAGGGGAGAAAAAAAGCUUUUUCUACAUGUGGCUCCCACCUUACUGUGGUCACCAUCUUCUAUGGUACCCUCUUCUGUAUGCACUUGAGACGCCCCACAGAGGAAUCUGUGGAGCAGGGUAAGAUGGUGGCUGUAUUUUAUACCACAGUGAUCCCCAUGCUCAACCCCAUGAUCUAUGGCCUCAGAAACAAGGAUGUGAAAGAGGCCUUAAGAAAAGCAAUAGGCAAACAAAAACUGGGGAAAUAA